AUGACAAAGCAGCAUCUGGCCAAGGGUAUUGGACGUAUCUCUAACAUGGUCAUGACCAAGGCCAAGGGCUCGUGGGUCUGGACGUCCAAUAAUCGUAAACUACUAGACUUUACAAGCGGCAUUGCCGUCACCAGUGUGGGUCACUCGCAUCCAAAGGUGGUUGCUGCUGUACAGAAACAAGCUGCGACGCUCGUGCACGCGCAGGUGAAUAUCGGCUAUCACCAGCCUAUGCUAGACCUGGUCGAUAAACUACUGCCAGUGGUUCCUGCGAGCUUAGACUCGCUUUUCUUCGCUUGCAGUGGCUCGGAGGCUGUAGAAAAUGCCGUCAAACUGGCGCGUCAUGCAACAGGAAAGAGCAGGGUGAUCGCUUUCCAGGGUGGCUACCAUGGUCGCACGUUUGGUGCCAUGAGCCUCACAUCGAGCAAAACAGUAUACAGCGCUGGUUUUGGACCGCUCAUGCCAGGCGUCACAUUCGUGCCGUACCCGUACGCACUGCACGGCCCAAUCCACGAAGACGAGAAGAACGCCGAGUGGUGUCUCGAACAGCUACGUCUUGCACUGAAGCAGCAGUCGGCUCCACGUGACACGGCAGCGAUUAUCAUUGAGCCGGUGAUAGGUGAAGGAGGCUAUGUUGUGCCGCCAAAGAGCUUUAUGAAGGGUCUGCGCGAAAUUGCCUCGGAGAAUGAUAUUUUGCUCAUUGCCGAUGAGAUUCAAUCUGGUUUUGGACGCACAGGCAACUACUUCUCCAUUGACGGCCACUUUGACGUCCAGCCAGACAUUUUGACCUUUGCCAAAGGCAUUGCCGACGGCUACCCGCUCAGUGGUAUUGCAAGCCGCAGGGAGUUGAUGGACAUGCAGCCGCCAGGGUCGAUGGGUGGCACCUAUGCGGGUAAUGCCGUCGCUUGUGCUGCUGCUAUUGCGACGCAGGAAGUCAUUGCCGAGGAGAAUGUACUUGAAAACACGCGCACUCGUGGUGCGCAGCUGCAGGCUGGUCUAAAUAAGCUGAAGGCAUCGGGCAAGUACCCUAUUCUGGACGUACGUGGUCUGGGCUUGAUGAUUGGCGUCGAAUUCGAUCCUGAAAUGGCUCCGCAGAGCACGGCGAAUAAGAUUUCAGCGGCCUGCCUUGACCACGGCAUGAUGCUGUUGACGACGAGCGUUUACGAAACAUUGCGUUUUAUGCCUCCAUUAACUGUUUCGGAGGACGAGUGUGCGCUUGCACUGGAGAUUUUUGAAAAAGCUUUAGACGACGUCUUUAAGAAAUAG